AUGGAGACGAGAGAUGCGAGGGUUGGGACGCGUGGGACGAAUGGGAAGACGACGACGACGACGACGACGACGAGGCGACCGAUGAGCGAACGGACGGUGGUGGAGGGGGCGGGGCGGCGAUUGGUGGUCGUCGCGGCGGUCGCGGUGGUGCUCGCGGGGGUGUGCGCGGCGCUCGCGCGAAUCGGGACGCGCUUCGCGGGCGGGUGGGCGACGCGCUGA